GGGACAGCUCUCACACUUUAUAGAAUGGCAAGGACUUUUCGCCCUCGUCUCGCUUUGCGUUCUGUUGUAUCGCGAAAGUAUGACACUUUGCCUGCUGUUGUGAAGCAGAACCCGCCAGCUAACUCUUUGUUCGCAAAAUUAAUAGUGAAGCUAUAGUAAACUGAAGGACACAGCUGCUGCUCCUACUACUACUACAACGCGACUCUUAUGUCGGCUGUCAAAACGUGACGUCCUUUCGCUUCGGCUUGCGCUCGUGAGGCUGCUCAGUUCUGGAAACCAGUGUUAUAUGGGAGUAUACAAUUACAGCUGGAUACAUCUGUCCUACGAAGCCUAUAAAUAACUAAACAAUAUGGAAACUCUGCGCUCUAAUAGCCUAUGUGUAUAAGCUAUGUUGCGUUGGUUUCAGACAAGAAACUAGUAACACGGAACGACAGCGGAAAGCCAGCCUUCUUCUUGUUACGUGGAGGAUUGUGUUCUUGCCUUAAUGGGAAGGCUACCUGGAUGUAUAAACAGCUGCCUACGAACUUGGGUCUGAAUAGGAGACAACACAAAGACACGGAUUCGUUGUGUGAAUCUUUAGGUUUCCUCAAUGACCACCACCAAGGCGGUGUGACCAAGCACGACCAAUCACCACCCCCCCCUGCCCCUUCCCUCCCUUCCUCCCUCCCUCUUCCCCUUCCCCAACGCUCCCUCUCCUCUCUCCCUGCUCUCUGAACCUCAACACUGGGACAUCCACUUGACCUCAGGGUGACCUCUAUGUGACCCGUGCGCGUCACCAUGCUGAUUAAGGAGUACCGCAUCCCCAUGCCCCUGAGCGUGGAGGAGUACCGCAUCGCCCAGCUCUACAUGAUCCAGAAGAAGAGUCGGGAUGAGAGCUGUGGCGAGGGCAGUGGGGUGGAGAUCAUGGAGAACCGGCCGUAUACGGACGGUCCGGGCGGCGCCGGGCAGUACACGCACAAGGUGUACCACAUCGGGCAGCACAUCCCCGGCUGGUUCCGCUCCAUCCUGCCCAAGGCUGCGCUGCGCGUGGAGGAGGAGUCCUGGAACGCCUACCCGUACACACGCACAAGGUAUACCUGUCCCUUUGUGGAGAAGUUCUCCAUCGACAUCGAGACGUUUUACAAGUCGGACACAGGGAAUCAGGCGGACGUCUUCAACCUGUCCCCUGCUGAGAGACGUCAGAGGACUCUGGACCCCAUAGACAUUGUGAAGGACCCGAUCCCUCCCCACGAAUACAAGGCCGAGGAGGACCCACGUAUCUACUGCUCAGCCAAGACCAAGAGGGGCCCGCUGACGGACGACUGGAUCGACGACAUCACCUACAACCCCGGCAAGAGCCCUGUCAUGUGUGCUUACAAGCUGUGCAAGGUGGAGUUCCGCUACUGGGGCAUGCAGUCCAAGAUCGAGCGCUUCAUCCACGACGUGGGCCUGCGUAAGGUGAUGGUGCACGCCCACCGGCAGGCGUGGUGCUGGCAGGACGAGUGGUACGGCCUGACCAUGGACGACAUCCGGCAGCUGGAGCUGGAGACGCAGCUGGCGCUGGCGCAGCGCAUGGCCCAGUUCAGCUGCGGCGAGGAGGCCACUGAGGCCAACGGGGCGCCCGGCGCGCUGCCCGAGAAGGGCCAGGAGGCGCAGGAGGGGCUGGCCGACGACCACGACAGCGCGGCCGCCGCCACCGGCACGCUGCAGGCCCGCGGGGGCCUCACCAAGCAGUGGUCCACCUCCUCACGGUCCUCACGCUCGUCCAAGAGAGGAGUGAGUCCAUCACGUCAUAGCAUUUCAGAAUGGAGGAUGCAGAGCAUCGCUCGGGACUCGGAUGACAGCUCAGAUGAGGAGUUCUUUGAUGCCCAUGAGGACUUGUCUGAUAAUGAAGAGAUCUUCCCCAAAGAGAUCACCAAGUGGAACUCCAAUGAUCUCAUGGACAAGAUUGAGGCCACUGAUUCAGAGGAGACUGCUGCAUUCCUGGGAACUGAGAUGUGUGGCCACGCCUCCAUCCCCACUAUCUUGGUGACCAGGCACCUGUCAGAUGGUUCCUCCCAGCCUACUCUGCAGGUGUGUAGCACACACGUGUUGAUUCUGGUGUUGCAUGGCGGGAACAUCCUGGACUCUGGGGGCGGAGAGCCCAGCUCCAAGCAGGCCGACGUCAACACGCUGUCGUCGGCUUUCGACUCGGUGAUGCGCGUGCACUACCCCUCAGCACUGGGACACAUCGCCAUCCGCCUGGUGCCCUGCCCCGCCAUCUGCGCUGAGGCUUUCUCCCUGGUGUCCAAUCUGAGCCCCUACAGUUAUGACGAGGGCUGUCUGAGCAGCAGUCAGGACCACAUCCCCCUGGCGGCCCUCCCCCUCCUGGCCACUUCCUCUCCGCAGUACCAGGAAGCCGUGGCCACGGUCAUCACCAGAGCCAACCAGGUGUACGCUGACUUCAUCAGGUCCCUAGAUGGGGUGGCCUUCUCAGGACAGGUGUGUUUAAUAGGAGACUGUGUUGGGGGCAUCCUGGGCUUUGAUGCCUUGUGCAGCAGUUCUCAGACAGUCUGUGAGAGCCAGAACAGCAGUCGCCGUGGUAGCCUUGUCAGUGUACAGGACCCGGAGCUGCUCUCCCCAGGGAUUGUGAUAAACUGCGGUCCCCCGUCGCCCACUCUGUCUCUCGAGGGCAGCCGGCAGCUGAGUCGCAGCAACAUCGACAUCCCGCGAGCAGGGGGCGCCGAAGAGCCAACGCGACAGAGCCUUCGCAAGAGGAGCGACUCCUCCACCUAUGAGAUUGACACCAUCAAACACCACCAUGACUUCCUCACCAGUCUGCACAGCAGUGUGCUGCGUGCAGAGACAGGUUCCCGCAGGUCUAGUAACAGCACUAUGCUGGAGGGUGGGGCCCUGGGCAGGUUUGACUUUGACGUGGCCGACUUCUUCCUAUUUGGCUCCCCGCUGGGACUGGUGCUCGCUCUGCGCAAGACUGUCAUCCCAUCAUUAGAGGUGGCGCUGCUGCGUCCUGCCUGUCAGCAGGUGUAUAAUCUGUUCCACCCAGCCGACCCGUCUGCCUCGCGGGUGGAGCCUCUGCUGGAGAAGAAGUUCCACCUGCUGCCCCCCUUCAGCGUGCCGCGCUACCAGCGCUUCCCUUUGGGGGACGGCAACUCCGCUCUGCUAGUGGAGACGAUACAGAGCCAAGCACAGCUGCUGCUCGAGACCGCCCCCCGGUGUACGGAGGCCGCCAGUGAGACCAGCAUCCCCGUUCCCGUACUCAGCCUGCAGGAUGGCUUUCUCAGGGCCCCAACGCCCUGCCCGCCUGAGUCGGAUGUUGUUCAGUCUCAUGGUGGUGUCUUCGUGGACAGUUCGUCCCCCUCCUCCCCACUCACUGCACCCCUCUGUCGAGUUCACCGGAGGGGCAGUGAGGUCAGCAUGGCCAGCCAGGUUUCAGGGAUGGCAGACAGCUACACUGCCACCAACAUAGCUAACACCUCAGCCAGAUCAGAUGCAGUCCAGCCUUCAAAGAAGAGUGGUCUGCUGGCCCAGCUGGCCUUGACCUCUCAGGCCUCGGUCAAGUUCUUUCUGAGGAGCCCCCCACGAUCCCGUAGAAAGGCAGGGGCCAACUGCUCCACAAUACUGGUCACUGCUCCUGAUCCAGAUCCGGGACAUGUCCUAGAACUGGAUCUUAAAUCCGAACCGAUGUCCAAGCAAAGCUCCAUAGAGACGGAGCUCACAACACCGGAUGAAGACUUGUCGCCAACUAUGGGCUUCGGUCGAUUGACCUCAGCAGCUCUGGACUUUGCCAUGUGUGAUCUGACCUCUCUGGACUCCCUGCCUGACAUUGAGCAAGUCGCUGCUCGCUGGUGGGGUAGCAAGAGGCUGGACUUUGCACUCUACUGCCCUGACGCACUCACCGCCUUCCCCACCAUCGCUCUGCCUCACCUCUUCCAUGCUUCCUAUUGGGAGUCCACAGAUGUGGUGUCCUUCCUGUUGCGCCAGGUGAUGCGUCACGAGAACGCCAGCAUCCUGGAGCUGGAUGGCAGGGAGGUGUCGGAGUUCACGCCCUCUAAACCGCGGGAGAAGUGGCAGCGCAAGCGCACCCACGUGAAGAUCAGGAAUGUGUCGGCUAACCACCGGGUGCACGACGCUGUGUUUGCUGAGGACGGCCAGCAGGUGGUGACAGGGCGCUUUAUGUACGGUCCUCUGGACAUGGUGACCCUGACCGGAGAAAAGGUGGAUGUACACAUUAUGACCCAACCCCCAGCGGGUGAGUGGGAGUACUACAGCACGGAGGUGACCAGCAGCAGUGGCCGCAUAUCUUACCCCAUCUCAGAGGACAAGAGACUGCGUGCCGGAGUCUAUCCUGUCAAAAUGGUCGUCAGGGGUGACCACACAUUUGCUGACAGCUAUCUGACAGUUCUUCCUCGAGGAACAGAGUUUGUGGUGUUCAGCAUUGAUGGUUCCUUCGCUGCCAGUGUGUCCAUCAUGGGCAGUGAUCCUAAGGUUCGGGCCGGAGCUGUGGAUGUGGUCAGGCACUGGCAGGAUCUGGGCUACCUGAUCAUCUAUGUGACGGGGCGGCCCGACAUGCAGAAGCAGCGCGUGGUGGCGUGGCUCUCCCAGCACAACUUCCCCCAUGGCAUCGUGUCCUUCUGCGACGGCCUGGUGCACGACCCACUGCGCCACAAAGCCAACUUCCUCAAGACGCUCAUCAGUGAGACACACAUGAAGAUCUGUGCUGGCUACGGUUCCACUAAAGACAUCUCAGUGUACAGUGCCAUCGGCCUCACUCCCUCACAGAUCUACAUCGUGGGCCGGCCAUCCAAAAAGAUGCAACACCAGUGCCAGUUCAUCUCAGAUGGCUAUGCGUCCCACCUGUCUCAGCUGGAGAGCUCGCACCGCGCUCGGCCGGCCAAGUCCACCAGCUCCCGCAUGGUCCUGCGCAAGCCCAGCUUCGGCCUGGGCGCCAGCGGCGAGUUCCUGCGCAAGAGUAACCACCUGCUGCGCACCAUCUCCUCCCAGCCCGGGACCAGCGGCACCGCCAGCACCGGCGGUCAGGGUCAGGGCCAGGGCCACGGGCGGCCCGAGCGCACCAAGAGCCAGUCGGACAGCCACCACGAGCGGGCGGAGCGGGUGGAGCGGGCGCAGGCGCAGCGCAGCAUGAGUCUGGCCGCCGGCUGCUGGGGACGCAGCGGCAGUGGCAAGCAGGACAAGCUGGACCCCACCGCCUUCCACCCCAAGAACUAGAGAGAGAGAGAGGAGGGAGAGAGAGGGAGAGAGAGGGAGAGAGAGAGAGAGGGAGAGAGAGAGAGAGAGAAAGAGGAAGAGAGAGGGAGAGAGAG